AUGUCUCAACCGGCAUCGGAAGCCAAUCCGGACACCUCGAAACCGGAGACCCCCGAUGUCGUCGUUCAGUACGUGGUGCUCCGGCGAGACCUAAUCGACACGUGGCCGUUAGGCAGUGUGGUGACGCAGGGCUGCCAUGCCUCCGUCUCCGCCAUCUGGUCCCACAAAGAGGACCCUCACACGCUCCAGUACUGCAGCCCUGAAUCCAUUGAUUCUAUGCAUAAGGUUACUCUUGAGGUGAAGGGAGAACCCCAAAUCUUGAACUUGUCUGAGAAGCUUAAAGCUGGUGGAAUAGAGCAUAAACUGUGGAUUGAGCAACCUGAGAACUUCCCAACAUGUCUCGCUACGAAGCCUUACCCCAAAUCCAUGGAAUAG